CUUCCAGCAGCCCAGGCUGCUCUCAGCCCCAUCCAACCUGGCCUGGGACACUCCCAGGGAUGGGGCAGCCACAGCUGCUCUGCGUAACCUAUUCUGGGGCCACACCACCCUCACAGAGAGGAAUUUCUUGCCAGUAUUUCCUCCUGAGUCCAUUUCUCCAUCUGUCAAAGAACAGCAGCGUUACCUGGCUCCAUAAAGCUGAAUACACAAUGGGGGAAUGGUUUGGCUUGAAGGGACCUUGAAGCCAAUCCAGUCCCACUUGCUGCCCUGGCAGGGACAUGUUUGUGUCCAGUCUGGUCUGGGACACUUCCAUGGAUAGACUUACAUGUCCCACAUCUGUAGAAGCUGGAGUUCUCCACAGCCCCUGUACCAGACUCUGGAUAAGCUGCUGUGAACAGCCAGGGUCCUCCAGCACGGAUCAGGUCUAAUGCUGCCUUAGCCAGGAGUUGCUUCGGGGAGCCCCCCGUUUGUCAGGUAAGAGAAAGCUCAAGGAAAAGUCACCUUUAAUAUCAAAGCAUUCAGUGAAUACGAGUACCAGAGAACCCUUUUUUUUUUUUGAACCUCCAGGACAAUAAAAGGGCUUUCAGUAAGAGGCGGAUGCAGGCAAAUUAGUUCCUAGGAAAGUGACGUUUAUGUGUUAGAUAAACAGCUCAUUGUAAAGAAUAUGUGUAACCGUGGUAGAUAAAUACCUGGUUGUACAAUCUCAGCACACUCACAGGAUAAGGAGAGAGCUGCUGUGUGUCCUCUGCAGAUGAAGAAUGCCUGCUUUCUAACACUUUAAACUGUGUUAGAAAGUUUGUUCUGGGCGAUUUCGGUAUCACCAGAAGCCACAGAAGUCCUGCAGUCUGCUUCAGAACCUUCCAGCCACAGGAGACAUCCACCCCACAAACAGGCACAAAUCCCCUUGGCUUUCCUUCUAAACUUCAGCCACAGAAUGUUUAAAACACUCACCAAAUUCAUCGUGAAUCAAAUGGAUCCGAGCAAAGAACUGGAUCCUGUCGAGAGCAUUGCAGACAAUGAGCACUUCAGGCCCCUCUGUCUACUGAGAAAAAAGAGAAAAUCAGACCGCAUAUUCCACCGAGCUCCCUACUACCAGCAGACUGGAUUCACACUGAAUGAUGUGCUGCUGCCUGGAGAAGAUGGGAAAAGCAUAGAUUCCCUCCAUCAAGAUUCCAGCCAAUUUACUCUCACAAAAACCAGUACUGACCAGGUUGGGGGGCAUGCCAGUGUUCCUUUGGGCUCUGCAAUUGCCAGUGCAAACCUGGAAGGAAGUGCCUCCUCAUCCAAAGGGUUUUCCAUUACGCUACAGAAGAAGAGCAUACGGCUGCAAUCACUGGAAGAACAGAGAACAGAAAAACAAAUCAACAUGAAUCACUCUCUCAUCCAACAACUACAGACAACAAACACCAAGCUAUACAUGGUCACUGAAAUCCUCGAAGCCUCAGAGGACACUAUCUACAAGGCAUCCAUCAUGGCAGAUGGGAGCUUUAAUAUCAAAUGUCACGCCACCCUUGGUGCACAGGGCACCACAGAAAGCAACCAAGGCAUAGUGAUACCCAAGGGCUGCACGCUGGCCUUCAGGACCACCCCGCUACACAUCAGAGAUGGAAAAUGGAAUCUGAAGCAUUUUGCAAAUAAAGAACAAUCGAGAAGGUGCAGAUUUAUUCCCCUUUCAGGGAGAAUAGAAAUAAGACCGGGGCUGGAAGAAGUUGAAACCCGCUGUCGAAUCUUCUCCGAGUUGUCUCCUGACCUGCUGCUCAUCAUCUUCAACACCAUCAAAGCUGUGAUGAGAGACAAGAGCCUCCUUCAAGAGCUCAGCCAGAAAAUGGAAGAAGUUUCUGAGCAAAAUGAUGGUUAUGACCUGGAAACUGAGAGCCCAGACUUAAAAGACCUGUUCAGCGCCCUACAGCAUUGCCCAAGAGAUCGACUCCUUCCGCUGGCAGAGGGAAUCACCUACGUCCUUGACGCUUUGCAUGAGUUAACGGAGCAUCAGCUGCUGCUGCUGCUGGAAUCCUUGGAAAGGAAGAUUGUGUCCCAACAGCUGAACCUGGUUGCAAAUAUCCUGGAAUAUGACAAGGUUAAGAGGAAGGGGACUUUUCUUGUGGAUGCCAGGCUGCUCUUGCCACACGAGGAGGAACAGAGGUUAACCAUUGCCCUGGUGGAGCUGAGUGGAGUGCAGCUCCAGGAAGAUGGAUCAAUUAUCCCUAUAGAUAAACCCUUUGAGGCCAUGGUAGCCCUGUUAGUGGCCCUGUAUGCCCUCAACCUCCUGAGUGGCUUGCAGAUACACGUGGCCCUGCCCAGGCAUCCCUAUCUUGAGAUGCUGGAAGUCUUGGGCCAGCAAAAGAAAAUUUAAGGCAGGAAAUGUCAUUAUGGAUGCUAAAGGCUGGAUAUCAAAGUGGAUUUGUCUGUCUGUCUCCCCACGAAUGCAGAAAGACAACAGGAAAAUCCACAAGCACAAAGAAUCACAGGCCUGGCUCUGGUGCUUCAUGUAAUCCUGCUUCCCUCAAAAUUAUGCUGCUGCUGCUGCUUCUGCAAUCAGUAAAUGGGAAAGGGAAGGGAAAAGGCAAUGGGAAGGGAAUGCAGAGGGGAAAGGGAAAGAAAAGGAAAGGAAAGGAAAAAGGGAAAGAACAUACAAAGGCAAAAAUAAAUAGCAAAGGUAAAGGGAGGAAAUGAAAAGGAAACACAUGCUAAAGGAAAACAUCAGCAGUGAUUCACCCGGGUCCCUCUCUGCUUCCGUGGGGACUUGAUGAACUGCUGGUGUCAGGAAGGUGGGGGAAUCCCAAAGGUUUCACUGUCACCUCUGGUCCCAUCUCGCUGAGACACUCAAGAGCCAUGGGCAGCACUCCAGAGAGAUGCCACAAAUAUUCCCAUUAUCACUUCAUCAAUAAAGAGAAGCUUCUUGCUAAGCAAUUUGGUGGUCUCAAAUGCUGUUUCUUCAUUCUGUGUCUUUUCCAUCCCAUGGCACACCUGACAACCUCAGGACUGAGGCUGUACCAGAAAUAAGGGCCCUUGAUGUGGAUACAGCAGUCUCAUGUAGAGAACUUUCUAAAAUCAUG